ACACACAACUUAAAGAGAGAAAAAAAGACACUCAUAUUCUUACUAAUAUUUUCCAUUUUUAACAAAAUAUUAAAAUUGAGAUGUCUACAAUAUUGGGGUAGAGCAGAGUAUUUAUAUCCCCCACGAGCCUUUGCAUCUUCCUGCACCUUCAUCACCUCUCCUCUCUCUUUCUGUUUUCUUUCCGGAGACAUUUGUCUGACUUAAUAUCAUCAUCAAUCACCAUUACUCAAACAAAGCCUUGAGAAAGAAAGAAAAAAAAAUGAUACAAGAGAAGAAACAUGACCUAGUAAUAUUAGCAUAAUGGUCAGAUCACACAAGCAAGAACCACGCGUCUCUACUACUUACAUCCGAUCUCUCGCGAAACAACAACUUGCUUCUUCCGCCACUAUGACUACAACCACCACAACCGCAGAUAGCAGCAAAACCCCAACGCAAACGCAAACGCAGACGCACAAGAAACAAGUGAGAAGAAGGCUCCACACGAGCCGUCCUUACCAAGAGCGUCUCCUUAAUAUGGCCGAAGCUCGUCGCGAAAUCGUCACCGCCUUAAAACAACACCGUGCUUCCAUGAGACAAGCCGCCAGAGUUCCACCGCUUCAACCGCCACCUCCACCGCAUAUUCCUUUUUCUGCACCAACUCCUCCAGAUCCAUAUUCUUGGUCGAAUCCACAUCUCAACUUCCUCCUCCCACAUCAACCGUUAGGGCUAAACCUCAACUUCGACGACUUCAUCCAAACCUCAUCGUCAUCUUCUUCAUCAUCAUCAUCGUCUAGUUCAUCUUCAUCAUCCUCAUCGAUGUUUCCUACGACGAAUCGGCACAUCUACUCCUCCCCUUCACCACCCCUUCCCACCUUCGCCGCCACAUCCGAUUAUUUUCCUCAUCAACCGCCAAAUCAGCUGAUGGAAGCGGAGAACAACGUGGCGACGUCAGCUUGGUGGUCAGAGCUCAUGAUGAAGACGGUGGAGCCGGAUGUAAUAAAGACGGAAGAAGAAGUCGCAGUAGCCGAAGAUGACGUCUUCCCAAAGUUCAGUGACGUCAUGGAGUUUCCUUCGUGGUUGAAUCCAACUGAUGAAGAAUUGUUUCAUCAUCCAUACAAUCUCACUCAUUACUCCUCCUCUCACAAUCCUCCACUAACCUGAUCGGUGUUGUUCUUCCGGAAUCACCGGCGGUUCUGCAUAAACUUCAGUAAUUUGAGUUCAGACAACACAGAACCCUUUUGUCUUUUCUUGUUUUUUUUUUUAAAUUUCUUCUUGGUCAUUAAUUAGACUGUUUGAUUAAAAAUAUGAAGAAGGCGAGUAAAAUUUGUGGAAUGAGAAGGAUACACAUCGGUUUAUCGCAUGAUCUGAAGCUGUCCCGUUUUGUUUUUUUGGUCCAAUGAUAAUAUUGCCGACAUCUAUAAAACACUAUCCUUACCCCAUUUUCCUGAACUGUCCCACAACGGUCUUGACGUCAUCCCAAUAAAAUAAUUGUUGUGUUAUUUCAUUUUUUUAAGAUGGUUGUGUUAUUUUACUUUGUUAAGAUUGUUGUCUUAUCAUUGCUCUUUUUUUUUGUAA